AGUAGGAAAAUCGAAGUCCGGCUCCUACUAUAACAAGACAAACAGAGAAGGAGAAUCAGAGAAGUCACAAGAUGGAAGGAGAUGUUGCUGUGCUGGAUAAAACCAAGUUCACAGAAUGCUAUCGAACAGUUUGGCGUACACCUUACAUAAUGAGGCUUGCUUUUAGUGCUGGCAUUGGAGGGCUCUUAUUUGGCUAUGACACUGGUGUUAUUUCGGGUGCUUUACUCUACAUUCGUGAUGAUUUCAAAGAUGUUCAAAAGCAUACAUGGUUGCAGGAAACCAUUGUUAGCAUGGCCGUCGCUGGAGCUAUUAUUGGUGCUGCUUUUGGUGGAUGGAUGAACGACAAGUUUGGGCGGAAAAAAUCCAUUAUGUCGGCCGAUGUUGUGUUCUUAUGUGGUGCAAUCAUCAUGGCUUCUGCUCCGAACCCAUGGAUCAUAAUCGUCGGUAGACUUUUCAUUGGUUUGGGUGUUGGAAUGGCCUCCAUGACUGCACCUUUAUACAUCUCUGAAGCCUCUCCUGCUAGAAUUCGAGGCGCGCUUGUGAGCACAAAUGGUUUACUUAUUACAGGAGGACAGUUUUUAUCAUACCUUAUUAAUUUAGCAUUUACCAAGGCACCUGGAACGUGGCGCUGGAUGCUUGGAGUUGCAGGCAUUCCGCCAAUUAUUCAGUUUGUUUUGAUGUGGUUUCUUCCUGAAUCUCCAAGAUGGCUUUAUAGACAGAACAAGGUACUAGAAGCAAGAAAUAUCUUGGAGAAGAUCUAUCCUACUGAUGAAGUGGAAAAAGAAAUGAAAGCAUUGCAGUCAUCCAUUGAAGACGAAAAGCAAAGUGAAGACGCCACGGGAUGUGGCAUGUUUUCGAAACUUAGGAACGCAUGGCGGAACAAGGUGGUCCGUCGGGGACUUUAUGCCGGAAUCACCGUCCAAGUCGCCCAACAAUUCGUUGGAAUCAACACCGUUAUGUACUACAGCCCGGUCAUCGUGCAACUCGCCGGAUACGCCUCUAACAGAACAGCUUUAGCUCUGUCAUUGAUCACUGCAGGCCUCAACUCUCUCGGCACCAUCAUUAGCAUGCUGUUCGUUGAUCGGUGUGGGAGACGGAGAUUCAUGAUCGUCUCGAUGUUCGGAAUCAUUACUUGCCUCGUUGUCCUAGCAGCCAUGUUCUUCCAAGCUUCGGUCCAUUCUCCUCCCGUAAGCAUUAUGGAGUCGAAUCAUUUCGGGGUUAACUCUACUUGUUCGAAUUUCAGAAAUACUCCGAAUCCCACAUCCUGGGACUGCAUGACUUGCUUGAAAGCAUCUUCUGGUUGUGGCUUCUGUGCCAAUGGAGCAAAUAUAUAUAAUCCUGGUGCUUGUUUGGCAAUGGACGACAUUACUCGAGGAUCUUGUCGAGCUGAACAUCGGAGUUGGUACACAAAGGGUUGUCCAAGCAAAUUUGGAAUAUUCGCGAUUUUACUUCUGGCAUUAUACAUAAUCUCAUACGCACCUGGGAUGGGAACCGUGCCAUGGAUCGUCAACUCGGAGAUAUACCCAUUAAAAUAUCGGGGAUUAGGUGGCGGUGUGGCGGCGGUUGCUAAUUGGACGUCCAAUCUGAUCGUGAGCCAAACUUUUCUGACGUUGACGGAGACGCUGGGGACCGCCGGAACUUUUCUUCUGUUUGCGGGGUUUUCGGUGGUGGGAUUGGUGGCGAUCUUCUUUCUGGUGCCGGAGACGAAAGGGUUGCAGUUUGAAGAAGUGGAGAAGAUGCUGGAUAAGGGAUAUCGACCUGACUUAUGUUGCAACACCAAACCUGAUGCUUAGUUUUUUCCAUUUUUUAUUUUUUUAAUUCUUGCUUUUUUUUAUACUACUAAACAUUAGU